AUGACCCAUCUUGAUUCCAGUACUUUGGCUACAUAUAAUUCUUUGGCUGAUCCUCAUUUACAAUGUUAUUUUAGUAAUGAACGUAUUCGAUCUCAUUUAAGACAUGCUGGACUAAUUAGUCGUCGAGGUGAAAUUGUACCUGAUAGUGAAUAUCGAUUAAAAUUAGCUCGACGUGAUCAUAAAAAACAUGUUCGACAAAUGCUUGCUGAAAAUAUUGUUCAUCGCGCAAUUGAUAUGGAACGAGCACGACAAGCUGAAUUGAAACGUCAAUUAGAUAUGGCAUCAAAAGCAGCGUUGGUGCAUAGUGUUAAAGAAUCAAGACGACGUGGUGGAUAUUCAUCUGGAAAUAUGGCAAACUCAGCUGAUAUGGGUGUACUUUCGAUACAUUCAUCUUGGUCACAAAGUCGACCUAAAAGUGCCAAUCAUCAUCGAGAAAUUGAUAUAGCGAAUGAAGAAUUUGGUGAUGUACCUCGAGUUUCUCGUGUUCAAUCAGCACAUGUUAGUGGUGAUCAUCGUAAAAAAUAUUCAUCGAAAAGUCCUAUUCGUCAUCGUCAUCAUCAACAUCUUAAUCGACCAAAAUCAUCAUCUGUUUCACGAUCAUUACCAUUAAAGCAACGUUCUCAUGCAUUAACAAAACCGUCAGAUUCUUCAUUAUCAAUUCCUCCAUGUCGAAUAACAAUGGUUUAUUAUGGUCCACAUACAAAACUUGAAUAUGAUCAUUCACUGUUCGAACCAGUUGAUGAAAUUAUUGUUAUGCAACAACAUUGUGGAGGAGAAAAUUUAAUUGUUUAUAAAGAUCAUCUUAAACCUGGAGAUGAAUUUAAAUUUAAUUCACGUCGUCAUUCAGAUUAUCCAUUUGGUUUAUCUUUAUAUGUUAAAGGAUUAAUCGAUAGUCGAAUAUCAACAUGUUGUGAAUAUAAACAUCGUCAUGGUGUUAGAUUAGGUGGAGAACGUGGUCAUUUUGCUAUUCUAUCGGUUGAAGGAUCAAAACCUUGUAUUAAAUGUCGAUUCGAAAAACAAACUCGAUUCAAACAAUCAGCUGAUUCACCAAAAGAUUUAAAUGAAACAGAUGAUCGAAAGAAAAAACCAAUAACAAUUUCCAUACCAGUUUCAGAUCAAACUAAAACAAGACAUACACCUGUUAAAAUACCUGUUAAACAUACUCCAAUUUCAAAUGAAGAUUAUGCGGAAGACUUUGAUGGAUCUGAUGAUGCAGGAACAUCAAAAAAUGACUAUUCAUCAGAAUCAAAUGAACAUAAAAGAAAAACUGGAGCAACAGCAACAGAUAACCGUUCAUCAGCAGCAGCAGCAACAGUUCCAUUAAAAACUCCAACAGAAACUAGUUCAACAUCGACAGUAACAUCAGAAGAAUCUUUAACAAAAACUUGGCAAAUAAUAUUUCAUACAUCAAAUAGUCCAAGUGGCAGUUUUCAAUUACCAAAAAAUACAUCUAUAAAUGCAUUUUUGAAAUUUUCAUUUAUAUCAAUAAAUGGAAAAGAUGAAACUGAACAAUAUAAAAUUGAAAUGAAAGAUUUUCCUCAAUAUUUUAAAUCAGGUCGACAAGAUUCAUUUCGAACUAAACUUCGAGAUAUUGGUAAACCAAAACAAAUUCGUUUAAUACUUGAAAUAACAGGAAAUGAUGAUGAUGAUGAUGAUGAUGAUGAUGAUAUUAAAUGGCAACUUGAUCAUAUCGAACUUAUUGAUCCAAAAACUCAAUCACAUUCUAAAUUUCUUUGUAAUCAAUGGAUUCGUCCAUUUCAAGAAAAAAUUCUUAAUGUUUCGGAACCAUCUCAAGAUAACAUAAAUCGUCGAAGUUCAACAAGUACAACUAGUUCAAAAUCUUCAUCUUCAUCUUCAAGUCGAAAAAAACUUUCUCCACUACCACCACCACCACCACCAACAACAACAACAACAAAUGCACAAAAAGCAAAAACUUCAUCUCGUUCAUCAUCAUCAUCAUCAUUAUCAUCAUCAUAUGAACGUCCACAACGAUUUGAACAAAUUCAAAAACCAACUAUUAAUCAAACACGUCGAAUUUCAACAGAUAAUGAAUCAACUAAUGAAAAGAAUAAAAUUCAUUAUCGUAUAAGUAUUUUUCCAUCAAAAGAUGAUGAUGGAGAAUUUUUUCCAUCAAAUGAUAGUCAAAUUUUCAUACGUUUAAAUAAUCAAACAAAAAAUUCAUUUAUAUUAGAAAAAAAUACAAAAAAUUGUCCUUCAUUUGAAUCAGGUGAAAAUCAAUCAUUUGAUAUUGAUUUAAUACAAAAUAUAAAUGAACAACCAACUCAUUUAACUAUUGGAUAUUAUAAUUCAAAUAUUACUGCAGGAAAAUGGAAACUUGAUAAAAUUGUUUUAAUCAAUAAAGAAACAGAUCAAGAAACAAUUUUUCCUUGUAAAAAUUCUCUUAUAAGAAAUGAUUUUGAUUUACGAGCUGAACAAACUUUUCAAGCUGAAUUAAAACAAUCCGAUGAUGAUGAUGAUGGACAAAGUACACCUCGUAAUAUUGACACAGGCAAACGUGCAUCUUCACGAUCUGAAAGUGACGAAAAUAUUCAACAAAAACAAGCUCCAUUAACAACAAAGAAUGAAAAUCUAUCUUCAUCAUCUGAAUCACUUCAACUAGUGACAACGAAACCUAAAAAUGAUGAAAAAUCUCCAUCAAUACAUUCAUCUGCAAGUUCAACUGAUGAUGAAGAUAAUGAAUAUAAUAGAAUGUUUGACAAACAAAAUUCAAAUAAUAAAUCUGAACUCGAUUCAUCACUAUCUCGACCAAAAACUCGACGUGGUCUUCAAAACACUAUUGAAAAUGAUAACAAACAAAAUAAUACAAGUAAUGAAUUACAAACAAAUACUAAUAUAUGGAGACCAUCAAGUGAACUUGAUAGAAAAGAACCAGUUGAUCCUCUUAUUGGUUUAGAUGAUCUUCAAGAUCAAACAUCAAGAUCAAAUGAUCAAAAAACUCAAAAUUCUGUUCCACCGACAACUGAUAACCAUACUGAAAGUCCAUUUAAAAAUUGGUAUACUAGAAAUACUGAUGAUGAUGAUGAUGAUGAUGAUGAUAAUAAUAAUAAAGAUUAA